CUACCGGUGGCAAACGGCGUGGUCUGGAGAGAAUCUCUUCCAAAUCUUCCCUUCGAAGACCACAACUUUAGCGGUUUUAGAGGACCAACCGGCGUUUUUGUGCAAGACUAGCGUUCCAGUUUGUGCAGAUAUUGUGCCGGAUCUGGGAGGAUGGCAUCAACAAACAAUGUGCAGAUGUUAGACGACGUCACGAAAAACGAAAAAAAUGGUUCUCAUAUGCAAUCUGACAGAGAAGACAAACACUACAUGUGGACUCACAGUGGCCAGAAAACUUACAAGUGUGAGGAGUGCAGCAGGCAGUUCAGUAAGCUGUGUAAUCUGAAGAUGCACUUGCGGACUCACACAGGUGAGAAACCCUACAGGUGUGAGGAGUGUUGCAGGCAGUUCAGUAGGCAAGGUGAUCUGAAAACUCACAUGCGGACUCACACAGGUGAGAAACCCUACAGAUGUGAAGAGUGUUCUACGCAGUUCACUCAGCUGAGUCAUCUGAAAAGCCACAUGCGGACUCAUACUAGUGAGAAACCCUACAGGUGUGAGGAGUGCAGAAAGCAGUUCAGUAGGCAGGACUAUCUGAAGACUCACAUGCGGACUCACACAGGGGAGCAGCCCUACAGGUGUGAGGAAUGUAGCAGGCAGUUCACGCAGCUGAGUACUCUGAAGACUCACAUGCGGACUCACACGGGUGAGAAACCCUACAAGUGUGAGGAGUGCAGCAGACAGUUCAGUAAGCUUGGUGAUCUGAAGAGACACAUUCGGACUCAUACAGGGGAGAAACCCUACAGGUGUGAGGAGUGCAGCAGGCAGUUCAGUAAGCUGGAUACUCUGAAGACACACAUGCAGACUCACACAAAUGAGAAACCAUACAACUGUGAGGAGUGCAGCAGACAGUUUAGUCAGCUUGGUGAUUUGAAGUGCCACAUGCGGAUCCACACAGGUGAAAAAUCCUACAGGUGUGAGGAGUGCAGCAGGCAGUUCAGUAAGCUUGGUAAUCUGAAGCGACACAUCCGGACCCACACAGGAGAGAAGCCCUACAGGUGUGAGGAGUGCAGCAGGCAGUUCACGCAGCUGGGUAAUCUAAAGAGUCACAUGAGGACUCACACUGGUGAGAAACUCUACAAGUGUGAGGAGUGCAGCAGGCAGUUCAUUAAGCUUGGUGAUCUGAAGAGACACAUUCGGACCCAUACAGGGGAGAAACCAUACAAGUGUGAGGAGUGCAGUAGGCAGUUCAGUGACGUUGGUAAUCUAAGGAAACACAUGCGAACUCAUGCACGUGAGAACCUUUAAAAGUGUGAGGAGUGCAGGAGACAGUUCAGUCAGCUGUGUGAUUUGAAGAGACACAAACUCAAACAGGGUAGAAACUUUGCAAGUGUGAGGAGUAGCCUCUACCAGGCUUCGUGGAUCGGUGGUCUAAUUGUAGAAAUUGGACAAAUAGAAUCUAUAGUACGCUAGGGGAGUUUAGCCGGCUAGAAGAGUACGUUUCCUCACCACUACGACUGUGCGGGGUCGCUAUGUUCUUUGAAGUCCACUAAUCGCUAUCUAAUAGGUGCGAAGUGGUUUAUUGCUUUCCGACUCGCCCGUGACGGCGCGGGUCUUGACAGCAGCGGCCGGGACUUCUCACGGGGCCGGCAAAACAUUUUGUUUUCAAGCCAUCCCGUCCUGCAUCAAACGUUUGUUAUCGUCAUAAGCCCUCGGGUCGGCCAUUGCAUCCCAAAAUGAGUCCUUUUUGCCUCCAAACUUCACCAAAAAGGUACAGUUUGGCCACACUCAACAGGGAAAAAUGCGAUCUCUUUUCGCGACCGAUUGCUGCAGAUUGACCGCACAGGAAUUUAUCUAUAGCGUAAACUGUUAUCAUGUUACAUUUCAUCGCAAAAUUAACCUCACUCUAGCCUACAUUGUUUCAAAAGCAUUUAUAUGUUAGCAAAAAACGCCGUCUAAAACAUCAUUUUUGCCGCGUUUUGUUGUCGACCCCAGUUUGACCUUGUCCCAAACCGAGCUGUUUCCCACUGGGUGCUGGCCGAUUUAUGACUUAAAUUAUCUCCGGCGCUGAGCUACUUCCUUUGUACAAAUAACGGGGGGAUUAAUUUUAUGUCGUUUGUUCUUAGCGACCCCGCACAGGCUUCGUGGUGAGGAUAAUGAUUCUACUGAUCCACGGAGCCUGGUAGAGGCUAGUGAGGAGUGCAGCAGGCAGUUCCUUUGGCUGCAUCACCUUGAAGACACAUGCAGACUCACCUGUUUGUGAAGAGUGCAGAGGGUAUUUCAGAGAGCCGGGUCAUCUAACAUGUAGUG